UAGAAUGGUUGAUUGCAAUGAAACCGUUUCAUGAGAGUGUACGUAUUUUGUAUUAGUCCCUUAUCAGUCAAUCCACUCUGUGGAUCAUAGAACCAUUUCCCCGGCUACAUUCAGUGUGAUACCAUUGCCUGUUAUGUGUUUGUGCAUGUUGUGUGUAGCUUGUGCCAUUGUUUUUCACCCACUCAGGUUACCCAUCCACUCAAAAGGAGCUGCUGACCCCCGCUGGAUUGCGCUAUGAGCUACCCACCCCUCUCCGAUGUGACGAUUAUUUUAGUAAUUUUUCUAGCGUAGGAUUGUCCCCCACAACUCCCCACGAACCAGUCCUGUCUCCAAAAGCAGCUGCACCUUUCAUAAAGGCCGAGGACACAUCACUGGAUGACAUUGGCACUGAUCGCUCUGUGCCAUGCCAGGUGAUGGGCGAAGGGGUCACUUCACAGCAGGGGCAGGUGAAUGAGAUGGUGGGCAGCGAGCAUGAGACUGGGCUUGCGAUCACAGAGACCAGCACCCUCUGCAUUGCUCGACCUUGCAGUAAAACGCAGCAGGAGGACCACAAUCGGUCCCCAGAGGACGGAAUCACGGCCAGACAAGAGGCAUCUUCCAGCCAAGUUCAGCAAGAGGAACGGAGUGACUCUGAGGAGCUCGCAAAGUUCAAACCAAAAGGCCUGGACGUUGUUCAGCCGGGUGAAGGUUCAGAUGACGAGGAGGUGACAAAAGAAGAAGACCAGAAUCUACCCCAUGCUCAGAAUUCCCAGAACGAAUUUUUUGCAGUUCCAGGUUGGCAUAGCGACUCGUCCAGCGUUGACGUGGAGCCACCAACCCCGAGACGCUGUAACCUGAGCACUGACAAUCUGGACGAAGACAAUGGCAACCUCCAAGAACAGCGAAUUAAGAAUGAUCUGGCUGCAUCCGUUAUGUUUCACAUGAAAGGACAGGUUCUAAAGCCUAAGGAAAAUGGCGACCAUGAUAUACAUAGGUUGGACCGUCAAAGGGAGUCAGGCCAUGCUACAGCUGGGCCUUUGAUUCAGGAGGUGGCCAGCGAUCUGCCUGUAACACCACAAGACAGGAAAACACUGAAUGGAAAAGUCCAUAAGCGUUCGGUGCUAAUCACUGAACAGACAGAGCCCGCAACGGAAUUGCAGAAAGAUCUGGCAGAGAUGAGGCGGCCGGGUGUGGACGAGUAUGUAAGCCCUCUGUUCGGCAGCGAGAGGAAAACAAGUUGGUCAUCAGAGGUUCUUAAAUCGGGACCGAACUUCAGGGAUGAUGGUUCCUCACCAGCAGAACACAAAGCUCAGGAUGACCAGACCCCACUGCAUAUUGCGUCGCGCCUGGGCAAGGCUGACAUUGUGCAGCAGUUGUUACAGCACGGGGCCUCUCCAGAUGCAGCAACCACCUCUGGUUACACCCCACUGCACAUCUCAGCCAGGGAAGGCCACGAAGACGUGGCAUCGGUUCUUCUGGAACAGGGCGCUUCGCUGUCUGUGAACACCAAGAAAGGAUUCACCCCUCUCCACGUGGCUGCCAAGUACGGAAGAAUGGAGGUGGCCAACCUUUUGCUUCAGAAAUCUGCAUCUCCCAAUGCUUCUGGAAAGAGUGGCCUGACCCCUCUGCAUGUGGCAGCUCACUAUGACAACCAGAAAGUGGCUCUUCUGUUACUGGACCAAGGAGCCUCCCCUCAUGCAACAGCAAAGGUACAGUGUACAGACAGCAAGGAUGUGGGAACUAAGAGCCAGUGCAAUGAAUGAUACCUGUGUGGGGUUUGUGUACUGAGAACAUGGUGGCUUUUCGUCUGAUUGUACCGACCCAGACCUCUCUCUGGGAAUUUAUCUGACAAAACCUGUUGUAGCAAUCAGAGGUUGAUGGAUUGGUGGUAACGUUUGUGGUUUAAUCUGAAAUUACGUGAGAAUUAAAUGAAAUGGAUACGCGUUUGUGUUUUGUUUUCAAACUUGUUUAAGGUACUUGCGAAGAUUUGUA